AUGGCGUCACGAAAGAAGGUCUUGUUGAAGGUUAUUAUCCUUGGAGACAGUGGUGUUGGAAAGACCAGUCUGAUGAACCAAUAUGUGCGUAUUAUCGAACGGAAUCAGAACGAACUCUCGUCUUAUCAGCAUACUCAUCUCUGGGACACGGCCGGUCAAGAGCGUUUCCAGUCCCUCGGUGUCGCAUUCUAUCGCGGAGCAGAUUGCUGUGUUUUAGUGUACGACGUCAACAACUCCAAGAGUUUCGAAGCCCUCGAUAGCUGGCGAGACGAGUUUCUGAUCCAGGCAAGCCCACGGGACCCUGAGAGCUUUCCGUUUGUUGUGAUUGGUAAUAAAAUCGACGUGGAAGAGAAUAAGAGGAUGAUAUCAUCGAAGCGAGCCAUGACAUUCUGCCAGUCCAAAGGCAACCUUCCCUAUUUCGAGACCAGUGCUAAAGAAGCACUCAACGUCGAGCAGGCAUUUGAGGUGAUCGCCCGCAGCGCGCUUGCACAAGAAGAAUCGGAAGAGUACGGCGGUGGAGAUUUCGGCGACCCAAUCAACAUUCGACUCGACAGUGAUCGUGACGGCUGCGCUUGCUAG